AACGUCCCCGAGCGAGAGAGCGCACACAGUCUCCACGAGCCAAAGGAAAUAACGCUUUGGGUUUUGUUUUGAUUUUUUUUUUGCCUCCUCCGCCGCUCAAACGAGACGAACACACCGAACCUUCAACAAUUCGGGAACCGGGGGGCUAUUCCAGAGUGUUGUGCUCACGAGGAGAGGAGGGAAGCGAAGGCUCGGGAGCCGCAAGUUUUUUUUUCUUUUUUUUUUUUCUUUUUCCCUUUCUGUCUUUUCUUCGUUUCACCCCCUUACCCGCCCCCGAAAAGAAGGAUUCUGUUUUCGGCGGUGCUUCGUGUUCCGCUCUCCCCGCCGCAAAGAUGAUGGUCGGAGAGGUCGAAGUGAAGGAGCGACCGAGGCCGAGUCCCGACUAUUUGAUGCAAUUGUUGAACGAGAAGAAGCUCAUGACCAGUCUGCCCAAUCUCUGCGGCAUCUUCACGCACCUCGAGCGGCUUCUCGAUGAAGAGAUCAACAGAGUACGCAAACAGAUGUACAGCGACACAGUCAAUGGCCUUGUGGACAGACACCCCCUGGAGCUGCCCGAGCCUAUGGGACCCAUGGUCUACCUGCAGGAAAAACUGUUUGUGCCUGUCAAAGAGUACCCAGACUAUAACUUUGUGGGUAGAAUCCUCGGCCCGCGGGGACUCACGGCCAAACAGUUGGAAGCAGAAACGGGAUGUAAAAUCAUGGUGCGAGGCAAGAGCUCAAUGAGAGACAAAAAGAAGGAGGAGCAGAACAGAGGAAAGCCAAACUGGGAGCACCUCAAUGAAGACCUUCAUGUCCUGAUCACAGUGGAAGACACGCAGACCAGAGCCGAGAUCAAGAUGAGGAGAGCCGUGGAGGAGGUGAAGAAGCUCCUCGUACCAGCUGCGGAGGGCGAAGACAAUUUGAAGAAGAUCCAGCUGAUGGAGUUGGCCAUUCUCAACGGGACAUACCGAGACAACAACAUCAAAGCGCCCACCCUUGCGUUCUCUCUUGCAGCGGCGGCAGCGGCCGCUCAGGGACCCCGCCUCAUAGCGACACCCACAGGUCAGGUGUUGCCGCCCCAGGCGCUCCGGCCCCAGACUCCUGCCGGGGCCCCUAUCAUGAACCUCAUCCGGCCCACUCAGAUGGCCGCCAUGCUGCCCAAUGGCACCCCCACUCUGGUGCCGCCCACGCCGGACGCCGGGCUCAUCUACACCACCCCUUACGAUUACCCGUACGCCCUGGCACCCACCUCCCUGCUGGAGUACCCCAUCGAGCACAGUGGGGUUCUAGGUAAGCGAGCCUGGGGGAGCAUGACUACGGCAGGUACGACGGCCCACUUUGGCCAGCCCGGACAGGAGGGCAGCUUGUUUUACCCUGGUCUCGGGGUGCUGGACACUGCUUCCAUGAGCCACAGUCAGGACUUUUUGAAAGGUGCAAUGGCUACUAAAGUGAGACGGCAUGACACGCGGGUCCAUCCUUACCAAAGGAUUGUGACCGCUGACAGAGCCGCCACCGGCAACUAACAUGAACCUUCUGACCUCUGAACUCUUCACCCAAUGACGAGCCGCCCCCAGCCUGCCUGCUGAUCAGUUAACUGGUAAUUUGCCUUUCGCUAGCCUCUCUCACCCAGUGACUAAAGAGAGAGAAAGAAAGAGAAGGGAGGCGCCAACCCUAACACGUCAACAAAAACGAACAAAAACUUCACCGACAUAAAGUUGUAUACUACUCAUUUUUCUUCUGUUCAUUGAGUUCCGUUCCCAUUCUUUCUCUUUCUUUUUCUUCACCAGUCAUACAUCGCAGGUGGGAUAUUUAUGGUGUUAAAUCAUACAUGUGCACUGAUGUUAAAUAGCAAUAAGAUGCCAACCAGAGAACCCACCGGCCCACCCACCCCACUAUUUUAUGUCACACGUGGACACUAAACAUUUGAUUUUAGAAUGACAAUGCCCCUCGAAGAAGAAGAAAAAUAGUCGGUGGGGUGGUUUCCCCAGUACUCACCCACCCCAAAGAAAAAGAAACAGAAGGAACGAGAACAUAAACACUCACCUUAACUUUGUUUAAUUUGUCAUCAUGAUUUGUAAUUAUGACACAUUCUGGGUGUGCUGCCCUUUUACCCUGGCCCAGCCCAACAAACAGCUUUUCUGUCUUGAUUUGUUUUAAAACCGCAUGGCUGUAAGGAUUGCAAACAAUGCGCUUUUGUUUUUGUUGGGGUUUUUUUUUUUUUUUUUUGGGUUACAAUUUCUGUUUUUUGUUUCUUCUGUUCACACUUUUUUGUUUUGUUUUACUAAAUUGACGCAGAAAGAAGCAGGCUACUAAACCUAAGGCGGGGAUGGGCGUAAAUUGGGAUGAAGGGUUUACGUAUGCGCGUGUGCUUUUUUGUUUUUGAUUUUAUUGUUUUUGUUUUUAAAUGGUUGUAUUUCUUGAAAUGCUACAUUGAAAGGCGGGUGUUUAGGGGGCUUUUGCCAUCCACACUGCAGCCACAAUACAGUGCCUGAUGCAUUUAGAACAAACUAGAUCUCAAUGAGUUCACUGAGCUGUGAUCAAAAAGAAAAACAAAAAAAAAAGUAUUAUGUGUGCAUAUUUAGCCAAAGGUUUUUCUGAUGAUGUAUUACUACUAUUAUGAUGAUAUACAGUAUCUGCCAUUAUGCAUCUGCCUCACACAGACGGCUGUUUUAAAAAGUUUGGAAGGUUUGAGUUUGUGGUGCCUGCCUUCAAAGCCAGUCAGUUAGCAUUUUGACUUUAUUUUACCUUUGUUUUUCAUUCCAGAGGAGGGAAAAAAAACACUAAAACGACUCCUUGGAUUUUCAUAGGAAUGAAGGGCCUCUCCCCGCCUAUUUUAUUUUUUUUUAUUCAACAGUUGGCCAUUUUGUGUCACGCCAACGUGAAAGCGCAUCCACAAUGUGUCACAUCUCUCGCAUACCUUCUGAGCGCUUUCGUUGAACUCUCUCAAGAACAAAAAAAAUAGGAUGUGAAAGCCAUGCCUGCCUGUUCAAAUUGCUUUAUACAUGCGUCUUUUUAUAUAUAUAUAUAUAUAUAUAUAUAUAUAUAUAUAUAUAUAUAUAUAUAUAUACACACACACACACACAAAUGUAUAUAACACCAUUACAUAUAUAAAUAAAUACAGCAGCGAACAAAAAUAAUUGAUAAUUUUACAGUACAGGGUGCUGGAGUAGAGGAAAAAAUUUUAUCUAUUUUUGUCAAUUUUAGCUUUUGAUACUUUGCAGAUACAGAAUCUGAUUUAAAAAAAAAGACAAUAAAACAAAAAAAAAACAAGUGGGUGAGGAAGUGCUGUUGGCCUGGAUUUGACUGGAAAGGCGUGUUUAAAAGAAAAAAAAUAAAGGAAGGAUUCAAAUAAAAACAAAGUGCCUUAUCGAGAGUGGUUUUAGUUUUUUUCCGAAAAGUGUUCCGUUUAAAAAAAUUAAAUAAAACAUCUCAAAAAAAUUCCAGCACCCACCCAAGAUGGCGCGGAGCGUGGCGUGGCGUCGGUAGCCCGCGUUAACUCUAUGCAACCCUAAUUAGCUGACUCAGCUAAAUAUGUGCCAUGUUUUUUUUUUUUUUUUUUUUGGUCUUCCUGAGAUUUUGUUUUUACUCGAUGGCCCUUUACUCUGCUGUGCGAGCAGGCUUUGAUCUCCUUGAUUUUUCAGAAUCGGAAUAAUUUUAUUUGUAUUUUCUUGCCUUUUUUUUUGUGUGCGCGCCAUAACUUUCUAUAGAACAAAACGGCGCUGUCGAUAUAGUAGCAAUGCAGCAGUAUGCAUCAUGAGCUGAGAAAAAUACAUUUAUGAUAAGUUCAAGUUCAGCAGCAUUUGUUUAACCAACUGCGAUUUGACAACAAUAAAAGAAGGACGAAACAGCUAUUUAGCGAUUUCGUUCAUGGCUUUCUCAUCAUGCCGAAAAGGUCAAUGAAAAUUCUUCUUUUGUUUUCAGUGUUACUCUUAUUAUUGUUACUCUUAUAUUAUUAUUUAGGGGGGAAAAAGAAAUGCAAUAUAAGUGGAGAUGGCUGUACAGCAUUUGACAGUAUUAUGAGAAGUCCCUCUGCAAUGUUACGUGCUACAUUCAGGUGGUGAAAAGCUUGGGAAAAAAACAAAACAAAACAUACUCUCUCUGGCCUGCCUACUAUACAUGUAUGAUAAUGUAAUUAACAGCCAUUGUUACAGGUUUAUAAUGUAUUUUUCUAAUCUCAUUUUAUAUGUACUGUAUAUUAAUCAUGUUUCUGAGUGCUUUUUUUAUGACCCCGCCCCCACCCUACUCCCCUCCCUUCUGCACCCCCCCUUCACUUUUACAAAUCGGGAAGUGUUAUAUUUUCUUUUCAUGCCCAGCUUGUUUAACUCAUGAGCUACUUUUAUUAGUUUCUCUUGUCAUAAGUAUUUUUACAUGCUUGCCAUUUAGUUUUACAUGGUGUAUGCUAUUAUUUUUUUUCUCCUUAUUAACCUCUUGGCAUUUAUUUUAAUAAAACAUUCUUAGUAAGAAUUUUA